AUGCAUGCGUUGUUCUGUUUGUUUAUAGAGGGGAUAGAAGGCCUCAAACGCGUCCGUAGUGAAGGAUGUGUUCUAAGGAGGCAGCAGCUUGUACGCAAUUCGCCUCUCCCCAUCACUUCCUGCUACACCCUGGAUGAAGUAAUAGGCCUUGGAUCCUUUGCUUGCCGGGUGUAUAGAGCAACAGAUAUACUUUCUGGUGUUCGUCGUGUAGUGAAACGUGUUAGCAGAGAUCAGCCUGAAGGUGUUCGUCUUUUUCGUAACGAGGUCACCUUCCUAAGAAAGGCUCAUCACCCCAACAUCGUCAGACUCUUUGAAGUAUUCGAAGAUCCUGAUGCUGUAUACCAUGUGACGGAGACGUGCUACGGCGGCGACCUGCACCAGUGGUUAGACAGGCGCCUGAGGAGGAGACAGAGACACUCACGAAGGCGCACAGUUAGCUUCUGUUCCAUUCACGAUAGCAAUCCGACGCCGCUGCAGCAACAGCAGCAACAGCAGCAGCAACAGCAACAGCAAAAUGGCGCCAUCCCUGCUGAGUCUGGCAUGGCCCAGCCGUCUUCGGCUCCAACAGUGGCAACAGCAACAGCUGCAACAACACCAAAUUCAAUGGAAGGAGACAUCAGCCGGCCUUUGUCUCCUGUUGCUGUUCCCGUUAGCGGCAGAACAGGCAGCAGCAUGCGAGGCGCAUGCCCGGUUGCAGCUGGUGCAGCAGCUGCCGCAGCAACAGCAGCGGCAGCAGCAGCAGGAGCAUCAGGAGCAGCAGCAACAGCAGCAGCAGCAGCAGCAGCAGCGGCAGCAUCAAGCGUUCGGCCGUUGGUGAGCGAAGAGAUGGCUGCACAGAUAGCAGGGCAGAUGUUGUGUGCACUGCGUUAUUUACACAGCAGAGAGAUCGCACACUGCGAUAUAAAACUCGAAAAUAUGUUGCUGGCAGCAGAAUUAGACGACUCCGAAGCAACGGGAGACGGAGCGAGUAGCGAGGAGGAAGAAGCGGCGCUGAUGGAGCAGCAGGAGCUGCAGCUGCAGCAGCAGCAGCUGCUGCAACAGGAACAGGAAAGAAUCAACUGCGCAAGCAGCAGAUCCCGCCCAGGCCUUCGACGGAACUUUGGUCACAGCAGCAGCAGCAACAGCAUCACCAGCAACAGCAUCACCAGUAGCAGCAGCAGCAACAGCUUAAAUGCUCUUUCGGUGGUGCCGAUGGUGAUGAGGAAGCGGCGCGGCCUGGGGAACAGAGAUAAAGAUAGAGAUAGAGAAACAGAAAGAAGCAGCAGAAACUUCUCGUUACCUUAUGCUAGAGACAGCCCCAGCGACUCCACGCAUUCUCUCGUCGGCAAAUUCCGAAGAAAAAAUUUAAUUGUAAAGCUCGCAGAUUUUGGACUUGCAAAGAAAAUAGUACGGGGGAGACAAAGGCAGAAGGUGUUCGCCAAUCUGUCUGUUGAGGGCACCCUGUACUACCGCUCUCCCUGGCAGAUUCUGCACGGGGUGGAGGGGGACGAGCGCAGCGAUUUAUGGGCGUUGGGUGUCGCUCUUUUUAUUCUUUUUUCGGGGCAUCCGCCUUUCAACGGAGACGAUAAAACCUCCAUUGAUCAGGCUAUCACAGACACUCCUGUCUCCUUUAGUGGUGGCGUUUGGACGGGUCUGUCUCUGCCUUGUUUGGGCUUCUUGAGGGCCCUCCUUUACAACCCCCUUCUGCCGUUACAUCUAAGGGGGCCCCCCCCUCCCCCCCCCUUGUCUGUGGUGUGCUUGGUUUCUGUGCAGAUCACAGACACUCCUGUCUCCUUUAGUGGUGGCGUUUGGACGGGUCUGUCUCUGCCUUGUUUGGGUUUCUUGAGGGCCCUCCUUUACAACCCCCUUCUGCCGUUACAUCUAAGGGGGCCCCCCCCUCCCCCCCCCUACGGCCAGCCCACAGCUGAGCUCAUGCUCAAACACCCCUGGCUGCAGCAGUGCUUUCGAGAGGAGAGACGACGUCUGAUGCGUGCGGUAUCUGCGCCUUCAAUGAAUUUCUUGAGCGACCCUUCCCCCACUUCCGUCACCUCCUCGGGUGGAGAUUCUUCUCCCUUUGCUUCUUCUCACAUUUCUCUUUUGUCUCCUUCUGUCAGCUGCAGCAGUCUGCACCAUGCACGGAAGGCCCCGUCUGAUCCGGUUGUACAGCCAACCUGGCUGCCGUGCAAGCCCCAAGACAGCGCAAGGGAACAGCUGGAAACGGUGGCGAGGGCUGGUUCUGAUAGGGCUCCGAUUGUUGCAGCAGAUGAGACGCUGCUGCUACAGCAACGGGGGCAGGACCAGCAGCAGCUGCAGAAACGGGCAAGGCCACCGUCUUCUGAGGGAGGGGUGGGGGGGUCUGUCGUGGCUGCCGAACAAGAGGAGGAUCUGAUGCGAAGUGCAGACACAAAUAAAGACAGAAAUAAACAGACAAACAAGGAGACAACGGAAGAAGUACAGGAAGACCCCAAAGGCAGGGCUCCGAUUGUUGCAGCAGAUGAGACGCUGCUGCUACAACAACGGGGGCAGGACCAGCAGCAGCUGCAGAAACGGGCAAGGCCACCGUCUUCUGAGGGAGGGGUGGGGGGAUCUGUCGUGGCUGCCGAACAAGAGGAGGAUCUGAUGCGAAAUGCAGAGACAAAUAAAGACAGAAAUAAACAGACAAACAAGGAGACAACGGAAGAAGUACAGGAAGACCCCAAAGGAGAUAAGAAAUGCUGCGUGCUGCAGGCAAUGGGUCUGCGUGCACUGCGGUGUGUCUCUUGUGAAGGGGAAGAGGCUUUGACCUUUUUAUCAGAAUGCAGCAGCGACUGGCGCGGCUUGCCUGUAUGCAACGCGCAGCAGCUGCAGCCACAUGUGCGGCUGACAUGCCCUAUUUCAGGUUUGUUGGGGCUAGAGAGCUGUGUAGCAGAUGUUCCGCACUUUCAUCUGCCAGCUGUUACUCUGUCUCCCACUGGCUGCAGCAGCAGCAGCAGCAGCAGCAGCAGCAGUAGCAGGAGUCGCUGCCACUGCACCAGCAAUGAUUCCGAGUUUAACAAAAGAGCGGAAGCAACUGACACCUUACCUGUUUGCUGCCGAUGUGCCUCGGCCAACAGGAGCAGCAGCAGCAGGAGCAGCAGCAAGAGCUGCUGCAUAGCAGUGGCUGACUGGCUGAUGGUGGAGUUGUUUGAAGCCCGUGUAUUGCUGCUGUUGCUUGCUGUUGCCUGGCUCGAGUUUGCUUCUCUGAGUCCGCUACAGAAAGCACUGCGGUCUGUCGUGGUGAAGCUGAUGGAGAACGACGAACUCUUCAGACCCGUUAGAGACGUCUUGUGGGUCCUUGACCCCCAACAAACAGGACAUGUUUCUUGUGAGUCUGCCUGCAUGAGAAGAAAAUAA